AUUGGUCUAUGGUAUGGUAGUAAACCUUGAACGAGCUUAAGUUAAGUUAGCGUGUAGAAUUUGUAUACAAAGUUUAUCGUGGAACCAUACUAUUGAAUGAAGUAAUGAACAUUGUGUUAUAAUAGUUUCCGAUAAUUUCAUAUCGUAAAGAAACUGAUAUCAAACUGCAUCAAUGUGACUGCGGCUUGGAGAGUUAGGAGAGUAUUUGAACGAUGAUAAUCAGCUUCACCUUUGUUUACCUCGACAUAACCUCCAAAUAAACGAUGUUGAAACGGAAUGUUAUUAUUCUUUCAAUUAUUUUAAUUUCGUGUUUUGUUUUACUCCUGGUGUUGAUCCUGACAGGAAAUUGUUGCUUCAAAGACCGUUGCCAAAUACCCCUCAACACCUUCGACAGGACACCGCUAUUUUUCAACUUGAAAGACGGAUCAUUUGUUUACCCCGAAGAUGACUCCAUAGUUCUAGAAAGAGAUAGAACAAUCAGUAUAGGAUGUCCUGGCUCCAGCCUCAACAUUGGCGUAAAAUGGACCGAAAUGACAUGCAUCACCGAAACCACCUUCAAUGUCUUCGAUGACAACGUUGACGUUACCACAAUGUACUGUGAAGAUGAUAUCAAAAGUACCGCAAGAUACACAGGAAAAUCUUGCGAAUACAGCGGUAGAGAAAUCGAGGUGGGUUUCGAAUUAGGCCAAGACAAGUUCUUAAGACAAAUGAGGAUAUGUUUCGAUGACAAAGAACAAAAAACAUAUUAUACAGAGCACGACCUGACGCAUUUGAUCGACAAUCAUGAACUAUCUGGACGGAGACCUUUCUUCCAAGAAGGAAAUUUCUUCCACGUGAGCGGAAAGGGCGUUGAAACUCUGUAUACGAGGAAAGUCCAACGUUUAACCAUUAACAAACAGUUGAAUCUUAGUUCCGACUCCACGGAUGUCAUCAAAGACGGAGAUUCUUCGUUUUUCCUAUCACGUGGUCAUUUAGCACCAAAGGGAGAUUUCGUUUAUGGUUCUCAACAAAAUGCCUCUUUCUACUAUGUGAACGCAGCUCCGCAGUGGGAAAUUAUCAACUCUGGAUCUUGGAACACCCUAGAGUGGAGGAUCAGAUCGUAUGUUAGUAGGAGAGGAAGCGAUUUGAAGAUCUUCACGGGAACAUACGGAAACCUAGUUUUAACCAAGUAUUCCUCAUCUCCUCUCUACCUCUAUUAUAACAGUCUCUCACAGAGAGGAAUUCCUGUUCCGGAAGUUUAUUGGAAAGUAGUUUAUGAUCCUGCCAGACAAAAAGGAGUGGCGUUUGUUGGCACAAACGAUCCAUUCUUGACAACUGAUAAUACGAAUUUUAUUUGUCGAGACGUUUUGAAAUCAAUUGAAUGGAUCAAAUUCAGUAAUAAGAAUGCAAGUAUCGGUUUGAUCUAUGCUUGCACUGUUGAUAACUUGCGAAAUGUUGUAAAUUAUGUACCUAAAUUAACAAUUAUCGAUUUGUUAACAGAUUAAAAUUUUGACAACUA